UAUUUUUGCGUUUAUCAAAUUCGGUCACGCUGUCAUGAACACUUACGGUUUGUAGCUGAAAAAACAAUAAAUUUUAAUUAAUUUGCUUACCACAGAACGAAUAUUAUCCAACAUAUUAAGGGAGCGACACAGAAUUUGUUAAUUGAUUUUGCGUUUAUAAGUACUGUUCAAUUUCAUUCUGUUUUGUAUUCGCUUUAAUGAUCCUUUUUAAGCCCACCUCACGCACACACUCACACAAACGAAUCUAUGUACAUUUGUAUGUGUAAUUUAUGAUUUUGUGUUAUGUACAAUUGUUGAGGCACACGAGAAAUAACACCAAGCACAAAAACAACAACAAACAACAUCCGAAGAAUUAGCAAACAAACAAACUGAAAAAACGCAAAAACAACGAAACCCUUUCCACAACUGCUAAAAAAAUGGCCAAAAUGUACGGAAAGGGUAAGACGGCCAUCGAAUCGGAGGAACAACAAAAACGUCGCUGGCAAAUCGAGCUGGAGUUUGUACAGUGCCUUUCCAAUCCCAAUUAUCUCAACUUUCUUGCACAACGUGGUUACUUUAAGGAUCCAUCCUUUAUUAACUACCUAAAGUAUCUGCAGUACUGGAAGGAGCCCGACUAUGCCAAGUAUCUGAUGUAUCCGAUGUGCUUAUACUUUCUGGACCUUCUGCAGUACGAACACUUUCGUCGCGAGAUUGUUAACAAUCAAUGUUGCAAGUUUAUCGACGAUCAGGCCAUACUACAAUGGCAGCAUUAUACGCGCAAGCGCAUCAAGCUGAUCAACUCCGUGCAGGAGAAUGCGGCAGCGGUUGCUGCAGCUACACAACAGCAACAAAUGCAACAGCAGCAACAACAUCAGACCAAUGGGGGCAUCUUAGCGCCCAGUGAAGCGGCAUCAGUUGCCGCCGCUGAGGCUACUAAUCCACUGCAGCAGGCGACACUGCAGAAUGGGAGCAGCUCUUCCUCGCAGUCACAACAGCAGCCACUGGGGGCAAGGGAUUCUGCGCCCACUCAACGACAGGAGAUGUCCGUGGCGCAUGCGCAGCCACAACAUCAACAACAACAACAAAUCAAUGGACUGGCUGGCAGUGGAGCCCCGAAAUUAGAAUUAAAUUAGCUGAACGCUAAGCUCGAGAAAAAACCUGAAUAAAUUAGACUAAGGCAGAACAUAAGAAAGCAUUAUUAGACUACAACAAGAGUGGAAAUCCAAGUGGCGGGUGAGAUUCUAAGGGGCUAAAAGUUGAUGAGACGCAAAAGAAAGCCAGGAUAAAAUUCAGGAAUAACAAUAACGAGAUAAAAAUAUAUAUAAGCCCAUCUAUCUGUCCAGAUGACAUAAAUUAUACUAAAAUGAUUAUUAACAUAUUUUUGCCUGCCAGAUUGCAGAGUAUAUGUAAAUAUAAUCAUUUGUAUAUUGUGAUCUGUCUUAACAACAAUAAUUAAUAAUUAAAAAAUCAUUGAUUUGGUAAAA